UGUAAUUUAGGCCGAUCGGCGGAUGCCGUCAUCGCGUAAAUGGCUGUAAGCGACCGCUGCGGCACCGCUCUACGACAAAGAUUGUUGUAUUCCUUCCGUUCUUUCCUUCCGUCCUUCAUCUCUUCCGCGAUAUAAAGUCCAUUGUGAUUUCGUUAUACGCCUCAUCUUGUUUUAAUUUUGGAUAUUGCUCAUUUUGUUGUCAAAAUGGCACCAGUCGAGACUGAGUAUUACGAUCUGCUGGGAGUACCCACUGAUGUUGGCGAUCUCGAGCUGAAGAAAGCGUAUCGUAAACAGGCCAUAAAGUUUCACCCUGAUAAGAACCCGUCACCAGAUGCUGAGGAGAAGUUCAAGGACAUCAGCAAAGCGUAUCAAGUCCUAUCUGACCCUAAUCUCCGAACAGUCUAUGACAGAAAUGGAGCCAAGAUGGUUGAUAAAGAAGGUGGUGUGACUAUGGAAGACGCUGCCGGCUUCUUCGCGAAUGUGUUUGGCGGAGAACGAUUCAUGGACUACAUUGGCGAAAUCUCAUUAAUGAAAGAAAUGACAAGCGUUGCAACGACCAUGAUGAGUGAUGAAGAGAAAGCAGACAUGGAGAAAGACCUGAAGGAGAGCUUCAACCCUUCAUCUCCUCAAUCUUCUACUGUCACAGGUACACCGCCAGAUGGUCCGUUGUCGUCGGCUACGCCCACAGCUGCAGCCGCACCCGAACAAGCUAUACCUACUCCCGUUGCGCCUCAGCCGACACAUCCCGCGCGUAAUGGUGGCCAGGCUCUAGUUCAGUCACCUCCAAUCGCGGGCAGUCCAGCGUCGGAGGCCAAGUCUGAGGACAAGACUCCUUCAGUCAAUAGCAAGGAGAAAGAAAAGGAGAAGGAAAGGAAGAAGAACAAGUUGAGUGCGGAGCAGAAAAAGAAAUUAGAAGAGCUUGAGGAAGAGCGCAGGAAGAAGAUGCAGGAACGUGUGGACACUUUAACGAAGAAGUUGAUCGAGCGGUUGCGACCGUUCAUCGAGGCCGCUCAGCCUGGCGAUAAGGAUGAUGCCGAAACCAAGGCCUUUGAGGCGAGGAUUACGAAGGAAGCGGAGGAUCUCAAGCUUGAAAGUUUCGGUAUCGAGCUUCUACACACGAUUGGAAAUGUCUAUAUCAUGAAGGCGACGUCAUUCUUGAAAUCAAGAAAGUUCCUGGGAAUUCCAGGAUUCUUCUCUCGUCUCAAAGAGAAGGGUGCUGUCGCGAAGGAUGCUUGGGGUGUGAUCGGCAGCGCUCUUGGGGUCCAGCACACGAUGCAAGAGAUGGAACGAUUAGCAGCGAAGGGUGAGCUUGCGGAGGAAGAGUUGAGGGCGCUGGAGGAAGACAUCACUGGCAAGAUCAUGCUUGCUUCAUGGCGAGGAACACGCUUCGAAGUCGUACAAGUUCUUCGCGAGGUUGUUGAUAAGGUUCUGAAAGAACCUGGUGUCUCCGAUCCUAUUCUCGUGAAUCGCGCAAGGGGCUUGCUUCUUAUCGGUGCAAUUUUCAAAGGCGCAGAACCUGACGAAUCCGAUUUAGAACGUCGAGAACUCGAGAGGUACGUGGAAAACACAAUCCUCAUCUCUAACCAUUAUUCAUCCAUGUCGCGUUCGUUCUCUAUAGGAUGGUCGCGGAAGCUGCAGCUGGAAAGUCUAAACACCAACAGCUCCGUGCCCAAGCCAAAGCCAGGAAGGCUGAAGCCAACUCGUCGAAGAGCAAGGAGCCGAAAGACGCGCCUCCUGUCGAAACCAAGGAUACCAAGGAAGCAAGAGAGUCGACGUCGGAAGCCAAGCCCGCAGCCUCGUAGUUUUAUUUCCCACUCCUAAUUCCUGUGUUCAGUGCUUGAUUUCCCUUCACUUUCGGAUUACAUGGACGUCGACUCAUGGUUGUGCGGAUAUUAGAUUGAUCUAUCGUUCAGUGUUCUUUUUUCUUUGCAUCUAUCUGUAAUAGGAUAGCUUAUGAUUCUUCUUGGUAAUAACAUGCUAAUUAACCCUUCGCUUUGGUCUCGAGUGAACUCUU